AACUGACUGUGAUAAUUUUUGAUAUAUAUCAGUGAAUCUGAAAGUGUUGAUUGUUAACUUAUCGUAGAAGGCUUGAUAAAGUACAUCAGUUUGGGAAAAGUGAUCGACUUACCACUUGAAAGUAAAGAUUUAGCUCUUGAAUUGAUCACACAAGUCUGUUCUUUGUGGUGCAUUGUGAUAAUCUGUUUAUAUGUUUAAGUACAUAAUCUGUGUAAAUAACAGUUUUUCUGAUUCAUUUCCUGUUUCCACGGAAACACAAUAUCAGUUUUUUCCCCUGUUGUAUAUACGUAUGGGGCCAGUGACACAAACAUUCUCUCUCUACUGGUAUGAGUAGCUAGGAAUUACAUCACAAGUCUGAUUAGGAUACCAAUUGUCAUUACUUAUCAAGGGAUAUAUUAAAUAAUUAGAUGAAUUUCUGUGUAUUCGUGUUCAUCUGGAUAUAUAAUCGGGAAAAAUGAGAGUUCAUAGUGUAUCUUGUUGGAUUAUAAAAUAUAUUGACAAUUUAAUUACUUGAUUGUUAUGGAAGAAAUCGAAGUUUUCUCUACAAAGUUAUCUAGUACUGGAGAAAAUGUUAAACUUUUCUUAGACGACGAUUAUUUAGAAAUACCAGAAGAGGAUAUUGAGGAUCUUGAUGAAGAAAUGGGAUAUGAAAGUUACUACACAAUUGAAGACUCAGGACAGGAAGUACAGAGAAUCAGUGUCAUUAACAAUUUGCCAGAUUUACUGAAAGACACAGACAGUCAUGAUGAAUGCAUGCGCCGUGUUGUCCCUAAAGUUAGGGAAGUGCUCCAUGUUGCACAAUGUGAGAUGCAGUAUGCUGCAUCUGCUGCAUUCCUACAGAUCUUACAGAAAAAUUUGGUACCGAUACAAAACUAUACACAGACAUUUCUACAGACAAUACUCAACAGUGUGGAUGGCAAAGAUCCAGAAGUAUCAAGCGCCUGGUUAGAUACUCUACUGGACGUUAUAGAAUUACUGCCUAAAGAUGUUAUAAAGAAAGAGAUUUUACAUGUGGCAAUAGCAAAAGGUCAACUCUCACAGUCAGUAGCAGCAAGAAUGGCCUGUUGUAAAAUAUUAGGAAAAAUUUGUACCAAAUUUGAAUCUUUUGUAAUUAAAAAAGAGAUUCUGCCUGUUGUGCAGUCCUUGUGUCAGGAUGUGGACUAUGAGGUGAGAGGGUGUAUGUGUAACCAGCUCCACUCUGUAGCUAGGGGGUUAGGGCUUGAAGCCACAAAGAGUGCAAUAUUGCCAGAAUUAGUUGAGCUGACAAAGGAUGAAGAAUGUUCUGUUAGAGUUCAUGGCCUGGAAACAGUAGUUAAUGUACUCGCUUCACUGGAUUCUGAAACAUGUUCAACAACAAUCAUUCCAUUAGUAUGUAAGUUCUGUCAACAAGCCAUGCAGGCUGAAGAUUCCACAUUGCCAGAAGUUGGUAAACAGAUUGGUAAAAUCGCUCAUGGCCUUCUGGCGUAUUUAUCAGAUGAACAGAAGCAGUGGUUUGUUGAUUAUUUUAAGAAGUUGUGUAAAGUUGGUUUGUCUCUAGAAAAACUUAAAGGAAACCGAGACAUAGAAAAGGAUAUUAGUCCCACAAUAACAGAAAUUCCAGAUUUUACCGAAGAUGACAAAUUUUUGGAAUGUAGGAAAAACUGUGCAUAUAAUUUUCCUGCAAUGGUGUUAUUUAUUGGUGCAAAGCAUUUUAAAUCGGAAUUAUUAGGAUGUUUUUCUAGUCUUUGUAAAGAUCCUAAUGUUCAAGUUCGGAAAACUGUAUCGGGUGGCUUUCAUGAGGUGUCUAGAGUUUUAGGGCAACAUGUAGCUGUUAUACAACCAGACUUAAUACUUCUGUUGAAGGAUGAGUCAGUAGAUGUAUUAAAAGGGGUGAUAGCAAAUAUUCCAUGUAUAUUAGAUUGUUUGUCAGGGACUGGUAGUAAUCAUUCAUUGUCAGAAUCAAAGCUCCAUGUACUAAAUGAUGUGAUAAUAGCUGUACUGAACUCUGAACCUGUGAUAUUUACCUCUAAUAACUGGAGGUUACAGGAACAUCUGAUGGAUAAUUUGUCCUGUCUAAUCAAGUGUUGUUCUAGUGAUGUACUCUACCAAAAAGUCAUUCCAGUUGUAUAUCCUAAAAUUAAAUCUGCGAGGGCUUUGCCUGUGAAACAUGCAGCCUGCAGAUCUGCCUUGAAAAUUAUUAGAAAAAUUAAAAAAUUAACCCAAAGAGAAGAACUCCUCCAUUGUUUUGUAGAAGACUUCUGCCAUGGAAGGAGUUGUCAUCAUAGGAGUUUAUUUAUUGACGUUUGUAAAAAUGUGAUAGAAUUAUAUUCAAAAACUUUUUUUAAGGAAUAUUUUUAUGAAUAUGUGUUAGAACUUCAAUCAGAUAGUGUGCCAAACGUUCGGUUACGGUUGUGUUCAAUACUUCCACAGUUAAAAAAGAUUAUCAAAUUACCUACAGACAGAAAUUUACUACAGCAGUUAGAAACUUGUGUAAGAAGAUUAUUAUUAAGUGAAAAAGAUAGGGAUGUUUUAGCAGCAAUUAAAAUUGCUGUUGAUGACCUAGAUAAAAUACAUGUACAGAUGGAGCCUUUAACAAAAAGAUCCUUUUUUGAACAUGAUCUUGUGGACCAAGCAAAGGAAGAAGAGGAAAAGUUGUUGAUAACAAAUGAAGAGAAAGAAAUAAAGAAAGAGGAAGAGGCAGCAGAAAAACAAAAAUCAAAGGGAGAUAAAAAGGGUACGCCUUCUGCAAAGAAAUCCGAAAAUGGAGGAAGCAAAAUACCAGCUCCUAAAAAGGGAACGAAAGCAACCAGUACAGCAUCAGGUUCCAGUGGUUCAUCAACUCAAGUUUCUUCAAAAGAUACUUCAAAAACCCAUUUAUCAAAAUCAAAAUCCAGUAAUUCUUUGUCACAAAUACCCAGACUAGGAGUUAAAACAACUAUGAACUUUACAAAAGAAGUAAAUACAACCAGGAAGACUGUGGGCUCUCCUAAACUAUCGAGACUACCAAGAUAUAGCUCUACUCCAGACCUCAACAAUGGUUUAAUAGGGAAGACAUCACCAAUUAUACCCAAAAAGAUGUAUAAUAAGAACAAACUGAAUGAAGACAAUGGUCUAAAAAAACUCAGGAGAUAUUCUAAUAUUGAAAUAGACAAUAAGAAAAUAGAGAAUAGUAAAUCAGUAAACCGGUCUAAGCUACCUCAUUUCUCAUGGAAUAAGUAUGCUAGUGAUGGAAGACAAUCCCCACAUCCUCAGAGGGCCUUUCUUGCCAGUGAUGGACGAUCGUCACCACACCCAGACAUGAUGAAGACUCGUGAUCACAGUGCCUCAGGAAGUAAAAUAAGCAGUAAUACAAAGACAAAACCUCCCAGCAGUGCUGGAACUACUAGACGGGCUUCAGAAGGAGGUAAUACAGUAACCCAGAGAAGAGGGUCUAUGAGUAGUGCUAGUAGUACUGGCAGUACAGAAUGUCAGUUAAAGAACCUUAAACUCAACAAAAUCAGCAACAGUCAAGUCAAAAGGAAGUAAUGGUCUACUCACAGUUCCUAGUACAAAACCAACUAGAAAGAAGUCAAAGUAACCAUGGAUGCAAAAGAUUGAGUUUGUCGUCUGCUUGAGGUUUUGAGUAUUCAUGACACUGUUUCUGUGCAAUAUUUCUACGAGGCAAUAACUAUGCAUUAUAAUAUGCUGCUGAACAUCUUUUGUAACUGCCUUUUAAACUUAAACUUUUGUUGUAAAUUAUACUUUUUUAUGUUGUGUAACAAGGAAAUCUGAAGCAAUAAGGACCUUGUUAGAUUUCUAAUGAGUAUGAUUUAUGUUGCAUACCAUAAUAUAUUUACUCUUUGUUCUAUGAUGUGUUCUGAACUCUUUUACAAAGAUUGUCAUGUGUUACUCACAAACCAAGUUUGUAGUCUUAUUAUUGUUAUGGGUCAAACACAAGGCCAAAAAGCAAAGGAUUGUUUUUUUCUUUUAUGAUUCAAUUUAUGAAAAUGUAAGAAUUUAUUGGACAGGAUAAGAUGGGGUAUUGUUAUUUACUUUUGUAAUUAAAGCUUAAAAUUGUUAUUUAAUCUGAAUAAGCACUAUUAAAUAUGAUCUUUUUGGUACAAACCAGUACCAACCAGCUAAAGUUGGAAAUUUGGUACAAACCAGUACCAACCAGCUAAAGUUGGAAAUUUGGUACAAACCAGUACCAACCAGCUAAAGUUGGAAAUUUGGUACAAACCAGUACCAACCAGCUAAAGUUGGAAAUUUUUUACAGACCAGCUAAGGGUGGAAAUUAUUUAAACUUGUUGCAGCUAUUUUUUCCCAUGUAUGGCUGAGACAGGAACAUUUGAGAUGUCCAAAAAAACUGUGCUGAUAUACACUCAGGUUAUCAUUUGCAAUCAUGAUUUUUUAUAUCACUAUGGCAUUACCAAAGGAAGAAACAUUGCAAAAAAUAUUUGAUUUGUUCGAGGAUCGUAAAGGGAGGAAGGGGAGGGGAGUAUAAGCACAGGAAAACAUAAAAAAAAAAAAAUUUCUUAAUUAAAAAAAUUUCAAGCUUUUAACUGUGAUUUUUUACCAAUUUGAAUAAAUUAUGGCAAACAACAGCCAUUUAGCACAAAAUCAUGUCAAAGUAAAAGCUUGCAAACACAUUGCACUAAAAUCCCCCUUUUACGACCCUCUUAAGCUACUGGUGAUUUUGUGAAAUGAUCAUGAAGUGUACUAGGAACAUUAGAAUAAUAUCUACUCAAGUAAUGAGUUGAAUUAAAAUGGUCAUGUAAAAAUUUGAAGUAUAAUAUGUCUAUAUACACAAAAAAUUUAAUCUCUGAACUUUUUAAAUUUGAAAUCUCAUUUGUGAUCAUUCAUGAUUUUUGAAUACUGGAAAAAGCAAUAUUUAUUAACAGGACUUUAUAUAUGAUAUGAAAGUGCUAUUUGAAAUUUUCCCCAUAUAUAUAUAGUGCUAAUAUGAAAUGGAUGAUAAAAAGGUAUAUGACAAUUGAGCAAUCAAAUUAAUCUAUUGACAGUGGAUCAUAGGCACUCCAGAUUUCUUUUAAGAAAUUAGAAACUUAUACUUAAAACACAUAUUAAAUGGCUUGUCUUUAAAUGAUUCACAGUAUAAAUUAUUCCUGUGUGAACCAAUUUUCUUGCAAGAAGUUAAUUCAAUUUUAAUUUUAUCAAUAGCUAUUUAAAGAAGUGUUUGGUGUUUUUUUACAAAAAAAAAGCUCACAGAAAACCCAGGUAAAUAAAAAAUAUUGUAAGUCAUCUGAAUUAAGGUGUUUCAAUUUCUACACCUGUCAAUAUAUUUUGCUCUUGAAAAAAAUUAAAUUGCAAAUAAACUCAUCAUAGAUACCAGGAUUGAAAAUUUGUAUGCCACAAGACUCAUCUGACGCUCGAAUAAAAAAAGUUAAAAAACCAAAGAAAGUACAAAGUUGAAGAGCAUUGAGGACCCAAAUUUCCUAAUAAUAAUCAGUUGCAAGACCUUUGGUUAACACAUGUACGAUUUUAGCUGUGAUUCUGUUGUAUCAUUUAUUAGUAAAGAAAUAUUUUUUGAGAAAUGUCACUACUGUAAAUUCCAAAUAAUUUGUGUGUAUUUAUCAUUGUGAUUGUUGACAAAUUGACAAGAAUACAUGAUUAAUUACUAUUAUUUUAGGAAAUGCUGCACACAAAUAAUGCAGUCACAUUUGAAAUUCAAGUUUUUAUUAUUGAGAAAACCUAGACUGUUGCAAAUUUUGCAAUUAUUUAAACAUCACAAAAAUUUCUAAAUUUAUUUCAAAAUGAUUUUUAAUCAGUUAUGUUGUAUUUGUUUGAAAUCUGAUAACUAUUGUUGUGUUGUAGUUUUCAACUGUUUAUAUAUCUAAGAAUUUAAAUGAUUCCAAAGAAAUAGUAUUAUGUGCCUUUAAUAGUUGAUCAAGGUCAAAUUGUUAAGUUCAUUGCACAAUCACUGUUUCAUAAAUAGAAAAAAAGGAUAAGACUUGAAGUAGGCAUAUUUCAUUUUAUUUUUAUUUGUUAAUUUGGGGGGAGGCAUGUAAAAGAGUUUUAUUGAUGUCUCACUCAUAUACACUCCCCUUUCUAUUUUGGGGAGGAGGAUGGAAUAUAUAGCACAUCUUUGUAUCCAACCAUUUUGCCCUUCCUGACCUUCUUCUGGAUUUAAUAGAGAAAUUUUAUCUAUGUGGCAAUGUAGGUACUUACUAUGAUCCAUAUAACAAACUGAUCACUUUGACCUACAUUUUAAACACAACUUCCUGUCAAUUUGACCUAAAGAUCUAGAUUUAAUCAUAAUAUUGUAAUGGAGUUAAGAUACAUAACUAGUGGUCACAUUGAAUAUCUUUCAUUUAUUCUGUUGCUUUUUUUUUAAUUGAUAAAAACAUCACAAAAUUUUUCUGAAUCUACAGCAUACAGCAGAAUAGCAGAAUGUAUGUCAGAGAUUAGCUGUCAUUUAUGACUGGAUAUAUCUUAUUUAUAUUCUGUUGAACACAAAAGGACUUGCAAAUUGUUAACUUUGUUAUGAAGUUACACAUAAAAAUGAUAUUAUGACAUUUUGUUUUGAUUUGGGUUUUUUCCAAUUGGGGGAUUUAGGUAUUUAGUACAAAAUGUAGUUCACACAAUUAUUUUUUUUCCUGUAGUUUCUGGGGUAGAAUUUUGUAGAUUUUUUUUUUUAUUUUCCUAUCACAGAUACUACAUUCCAAAAGUUGGAGAAAAAUGGCACACAUUUUCAUUUUGUAUAUUUAUGAAAAUCAAGAAGUCAUUUUCACCAAUAUUUAUGUAAAAUAAUAUUUUGAUCAGAUAUUUUUAAUAUUCACAUUGUAAUCAAAUUCAUUAAAUAUAACAGAAUUGGAUGAAAUGUUUUACUUUAUAUUAAAAAUACACUUUCUGUUUUUGACAUUUUUUUUAAGAGGAAGAUUGUGUUAUAUAAUGUCAAACGAUUUAUAAUUAUAAUCAUCUUUGUAAAACAAAACAUUAAGACUUUUUUUUUUUUUUAAAGUUUGCAGAAUUUGUCCUUAAAGAGAUAUCUUCUAUUAAAUACAAUUUUCAAAAUUAUCCAUCUUUUCUUAAAAUGAAAAAUCAUUAAAACACAUACAUUAAUAUACUAUGGUCAUGUAAUAUACAGCCUUUGGAUGUAUCCUACAUUUCAUAAUUUGUAUAAAUGUCUUGAAAACUAGCAUUACGUUUAAUUUUUGUAUAAUGAAAGUUUGUAUAUGCAAUAAUAUUAGUAUGUAAGAUGAAAUAGAUGUAAUCCGUCCAAUAAAUGUUCAUUUCCAUGACACUUGAAAUCCAUUUGUAAAUUUUUCUAUAUUUAAUAUUGUAGUUGUUGAAAACAUGAAUUGGUUGAGCAUGUCGCCAUAGAGAGUUGAGAUAGAAAUACCUAUUUAGUCCUCAAUUUAAAAAAAAUUAAGUUUGUUUUUUUGAAUUUACUUUUUUGUAAUAGUUGAGAAAAGGAUGAAACUGUCAAUCUUUUAUUUUUGCUGUAUCAGAAUAACUUAUGUUGAUUUAUCAAGAGCCAUAGCUUAUAAAUGGUUGGAAAAUUUGUCUCUGAAUUUUACAUAAGAAUUAAAAAAUUAAAAAAAAAAUUGUUAAACUUUGAAAAAUGUCCUAAAGUAAAAAAAAAAACAAUAUUUAGAAUGUUUCACCAGAAUUAUAUUUAAAAAUGUAAAUUUUCAAAUCAUAUUAAUUUACAUAGAGGUUUCUUGACAAAAAUUUUAAAUGGUAAAACCAGAGGAUUUACAAAAUAUGUGGAAAAGUUGGAAAAAGAAUAAGGAGACGUAAAUUGCUAAAAUAAAAUUGCUCUUAUUUGCUUUGUGUACCUUUGAUUACAAGAAAAAUGCUUAUAGAAGCAAGAAAAUUGAAGUAAUUGGAGUUAAUUGCCAAUACUAGGUUUGUUUGUUGACAGAAUUCCAUAUAAUGUGUAUGCACAUGCCGCCAAGAAAACCAAUGCAAUGUUCAUGUAUUGUUAUUGAUAUUCAUCAUGAUUAUAUAUUUUUAACUAUAUCAUUCUUCCAAGAAAGUGUUCUCUACUUUUGUGCUAUCAUCUCAUUUGCAUAAUAAAUUACUCCUGCUGUGUAGUAUUUAGUCUGAGAUUGCUCUGACGUCUGACAGCCUUUUACAGGCUAGCUGAGGACGUCAGACUUCCCUAGAAAGUUCCAAAGGUUAUCAGAUGUCAAAGUAAUCUUGGACUAUGUAGUAUUAGUUAUUCGGUCAUUUGAAUGAAACCAGAUUAAUGUUUUGUUUUUUACUUGAAUAGCGUUAAUAACAGAGAACAAUAGAUUUUGGAUUGAUGAAUUGUGAAGAUUUUUUAAAUACAAAUAUAAAAAAAAUAUGGUACAAGUUUGGUUUGCAUCUCUUAGAAUUAGACACAAUUAUCAUUUAAUGGUAUGCCUGUCUUUAAUUGUAGGACUGAACUAGGGUACAGAACAGUCAUAUUUUACCUCAGUUUACUAGUACUGGAAAUUGAUCAAUCUUGUAUUAAAGUUGCUUCCCCUGUUUGAUUGCUUUAGUAUAAAAAAUAUGCUUAAAUUUAAAAGUUUUAUUUUUCAAAAAUCAACAGAAUUGCAUUAACAUGAUCACAGGUUUGAAACUUGAGCUAUGCAUUCAAAAAAUAUCAAGAUAAAUAAGUUAUAUCCUUUAUCUUUUUUUUUUGUUUCAUGUUUUUGAUACAUAAAGAUGGAACCUGGAAAGAACUAAUAAAAGAUGCCUGACAAAAACAAAAAUUCUUUUCACAUAUUCUGUCACCAUUUGGAGUUUAUCCACAGUAUUUAUCCAAAGUGGUGCUCCUAAUAAAGGAGGAAGAAACAGAACAUACAUACAUACAUCAGAAAAUACUUUUUUUGUAAUCAGAUGUAAUUGGUAAACUUUCUAAGGAUUCAGUUUUUUCUGCUAUAAUUGUAAUGCAACUGUUUCAGGAUUCAGUUGUACCUGCUAUAAUUGUAAUGCAACUGUUUCAGGAUUCAGUUUUAUCUGCUAUAAUUGUAAUGCAAAUGUUUAAGGAUUCAGUUUUACCUGCUGUAUUUGUAAUGCAACUGUUUAAGGAUUCAGUUUUAUCUGCUAUAAUUGUAAUGCAACUGUUUAAGGAUUCAGUUUUUUCUGCUAUAAUUGUAAUGCAACUGUUUAAGGAUUCAGUUUUAUCUACUAUAAUUGUAAUGCAACUGUUUCAUGAUUCAGUUUUAUCUACUAUAAUUGUAAUGCAACUGUUUCAUGAUUCAGUUUUAUCUGCUAUAAUUGUAAUGCAAAAGUUUAAGGAUUCAGUUUUAUCUGCUAUAAUUGUAAUGCAACUGUUUAAGGAUUCAGUUUUAAUUGUAAUACAUAUUGUUUAUUUUGUUAAAUAAAGCAUUGUCAUUUUACACUUCAUCAAUAUUGAAAAUAUAUUCCUCAGUAAACAUGCUUUUGUUGAUUGUUGUUUUCUUAGAACUGUGUUCAAAAUGCAAAUGACGAUUUAAGCAUUGCAAAUUUUGUUCUGAUUUUGCAUUGAGAAUGACAAUAUUAAAGAAACAGAUGGUAACAAUAUCACUAUGUCAGUAUAAAAUUAGCUUAGUGUUUUAAUUAUACCCAUUAAUUCUUUUGGUCAAUAGACUAUUUUCAUAUUACCGAAUUUUGACUCUAGAUUUUAUAAUUUUUCUACAGGUUACCGUUUCUGUGGUAGGACAUUCUGGUACUGGGUCAAGUAAGAGCAACGUAAAGAAGUAAAAUAAAGCUUUCAAUUGGUACAAUUUUGGGGGAAAAUUAACUGUUUUACGUUUUCUAUACACGACAAAAUCAUCAGAAAACAAUAAACUUCCUACCACAAAUUAGAAAAAUUACCUAAUCUGGAGUCAAAAGUCAGUAAUAUGAAAAUUAUCUGACCAGAACAAUAUUGAUUACAAUAGCUUUCAAUAAGCUUUUGUUUAAAUUCAAAUAGAAUUGACCACUUGGAAGUUAACUGGUGAGCAUGGGAUUGGUUUAUUUUGGAAGUAGCAAACUAUCAGGGAAUUGAGUAAGAGAUUUUACCUUUAUUAGAGAACAUUGAUAAUGGUUAAAGUAAAACUUUAAUUCAUAUACAUGUAGUUUUUCAUUAGUUACCAAUAAUUUUACAACAGAAACCAUUCAUGUGUGAAUUUAUUUCCUUCAAAAACUGUUUCAAUUUUUCUCAGCUUUUGAAGGCUAAGUUUAUCUGAUUAAUCUAAAUUGAAGUCACCGAAAUAGAGUUGUUUUCAUCUGAGAAAUAGUGUUUUCUAAACAUCACAAUUGUUUAUAUAGCUCUUAUUAAAUCAAAUUUAAAUGAUCAUUUGGAAGAACACUGCUGAAAAUACAUAAAUGGCUUCUGUUGUAAUGAAGUUAUCGAUCAUUUUUCAGGAACAUUAUACCGACUAACCUCAGCAUCACCAUAUUAAUUUAAAUACAGAGCUUCAUUCUUUAAUAAUGUUCAUAUGCAUGUAGUAAUUAGUAAGGGGAAGUAACUGACUUUACAAUGUUAUUGUCAUGUUGUAAGUUAUAUGAGAACUUAUGUAUAAAUAUUGUUAUGAUGUAUAUUUAUAAUGUCAUUGCAAUGAAUAAAAAAUGACAGUGAUUUAUUUAA